AUGGGCGCUGUGGAAGUAUCGACCUUGACGCAGUCGCCUGCGCUUCUUCCUGCUCUUUCAUCACCAUCUCAGGUGGCGGUGACGAAAGGUGUCUCUUUGCGAACACCUCCCAAUUCGCCUCCGAAAUUAAGUGGCAAGAAGACACCGGAGCAACCUAGGCUGAGGAGGCAUAGACGAUACUAUAUGCCAGACGGAAACGUUGUGAUACAGGUUGAACACACGCUAUUUCGACUCGACCUUUCGGUCUUGCACGAAAAUUCGCCCAUUCUACGAAAUCUUGUGCCACCUAUCCAGAGUGGAAAGCUGCCCAUUAUCGGAUACAACGACAGACGCCCGCUGGUCCUACGAGAAAUUGCAGAGGCCGAUUUCAUCUGCCUUGUUUCAUUAUUAUUUCCCAAAGAGUCAAACCCCCCGAAACAACCUGCCGUCGACGACAUGCUCUCCGUCCUCAAGCUCGCCACCAGCUUCCAAAUGGACAACAUCCGCACGACCGCUAUGAACCAACUGCAUUCGCUUCCUAUUGACCCUAUUCGGAAGAUCGCCAUUUGGGAGGAAUUCCACCUUGAUCCCGACCUAUUGCUCCCAGCAUACGCCACGUUAUGCCAACGUUCGGAGCCGCUCACGCUGUCUAUGACCAUGACCCUUGGUAUCCGAAAUUUCACGAAGGUAGCGGCAUCAAGGGAUUAUUACCGACAGAGAGUGGGCUGCUGUGGGUGCCGGAAGAGCUUGAGCGUGGAAGAGAGUCAGGCCAUCGCAGAGGAGAUCGUCCAGAUAGUCUUCGCGAAACGGGCCUCUACUGGGGAGAAGCCAAACCUCCUGUGUGAAGCAGAUCUGUCAACUUCGUGUAUGCCUUUACGUUGA